UCAGUCGCUCCAUGUGUUGAUUGCGGGGAAUCAGAGGAGGAGGAAAAGGCAGAGGGGGAGAACAUCUGGCCCAGCUGCACACUGCGUCUUUAAAGCCCCGCUGCUGCUGCUGCUGCUGAUAAAUUAGCUCUCCGAUCAGCUGUCGCUGUCCAGGGAGGGAGGUGCUGAUUUCGGAGCGCUCCUUCUUCCUCUCUCCUCCUCCUCCUCCUCCUCCUCUCUCUCUCUAUCUCUCCUUUGCCGCGACCGACCGAUCGACACUUGCAGCCAUUUUACGCAGGACUAACCCAAUCAUGUCGUGAAGAGGGAGGGAAAAGCUCGCUGGUCACCUGGGCAGAGCCAGCAGCCGCGCGUCCCGGUGAUCGCACACAGGCAGGCGGCCACGCAGGGUCCGGCCAAAAUGGUGAAGAGGAAAAGCCUGGAUGAAAACGAACCGGAGUGCGGGAAGGGAAUACCGUUCCCGAUCCAGACCUUCCUGUGGAGGCAGACCAGUGCUUUUCUGCGGCCAAAGUUGGGAAAACAGUAUGAGGCAUCCUGUGUGUCCUUUGAGCGAGUGCUGGUGGAGAACAAGCUCCACGGGCUGUCGCCGGCCCUGUCAGAGGCCAUCCAGAGCAUCUCCCGCUGGGAGCUGGUCCAGGCGGCGCUGCCUCACGUACUCCACUGCACCUCCAUUCUGCUGUCUAACAGGAACAAGCUUGGUCACCAGGACAAGUUGGGUGUGGCGGAGACCAAGCUGCUCCACACGCUGCACUGGAUGCUGCUGGAGGCCCCACAGGAGUGCAACCAUGAGCCCAGCCUGAGCCACGGCUGGUCCAGGGGCAGCAGCAGUAGCGCCUUCCUCCAGCCUGUGGGGAACCAGGGUUCCUCCCCGGGAGCUCCUAGCUCCUGCUCCAGCUCGGGCCUGGGCGGGUUAGGACAACAGCACAGCGGCUCCCUGCUGGAGGAGGAUGAGCAUACUCGCACCAAACUAUUCCAAAAGAGCAUGGCAACAGUAGAGCUGUUUGUGUUCCUGUUUGCACCGCUUGUUCAUCGGAUAAAGGAGUCAGACUUGACCUUCAGACUGGCUAGUGGUCUGGUAAUAUGGCAGCCAAUGUGGGAGCACCGCCUGCCUGACAUCCCUGCUUUUACUGCCCUCAUCAAACCUGUCAGAAACAUUGUUACAGCAAAGAGGAACUCCCCAGUCAACAACCAGUGCAGCCCCUGUGGAUCAGGCAACCCGGGUCCCACGGGCUUCCAGGUGGUUUGCGAAGCCACCCAAUCAGAUUCCUCCUCCCCGUCAGUCGGGGAGCAGAGUUGUCGUCGUGGUAACUCAGUGGAGAAAGGUGGCCCUUCCCAACAGCAACCCCCACCGGUCAAAGGCCCUUCCAAGAAAAAAACAUCAGCUCCUGCCGGCCUGCCAGCAUCGUUGGCCCAGCGGGCACGUUACGCCACUUAUUUUGAUGUGGCUGUGCUGCGCUGUCUGCUGCAGCCGCACUGGACGGAGGAGGGCGUGCACUGGGCCUUGAUGUACUACCUGCAGCGCCUCAGGCAGAUCCUGGAGGAGAGGCCUGAACGUCCCCCAGAGCCCUUGGUUGCACCUCUGCCACGGCCACGCAGCAGCUCCAUGGUGGCUGCGACACCCUCACUGGUCAACACCCACAAGACUCAGGAUAUGAGCUUAAAAUGCAAUGAAGAGGGGAAAUCUCUGAGCACAGAGACCUUUGCAAGGGUUUCCCUGACUAACCUUCGUCGGCAGGCUGUCCCUGACUUGUCUUCCGACCUGGGCAUGAACAUCUUCAAGAAGUUUAAGAACCGCCGCGAGGACCGCGAGAGAAAGGGCUCCAUCCCCUUCCAUCACACGGGGAAGAAGCGCCAGCGUCGGAUGGGGGUUCCCUUCCUGCUGCACGAUGACCACCUGGACGUCUCUCCCACCCGCAGCACCUUCUCCUUCGGAAGCUUCUCUGGCCUGGGUGACGACAGGCGGGCCCUGGAACGUGGAGGCUGGCAGGCCACCAUCAUGGGCAAAUUCACACGGCGGGGCAGCACAGACACAGCUGCAGAUGCAGACAGCCUGAGUGCCAAACACUCUCAUUCCCACCACUCGCUGCUCAGAGACAUGCCCGACCACUCUAACAGCCACAGUGACAACACCGUCAAGGAGGUUCGAUCUCAGAUCUCCACCAUCACCAUGGCGGCGUUCAACACAACAGUUGCGUCCUUUAACGUGGGCUACGCCGACUUCUUCACUGAGCACAUGAAGAAACUCUGCAACCCCGUGGCUGUACCUGAAAUCCCAGUGGAGCCGCUGGCAUGCGCCAACCUGCCGCGCAGCCUCACUGACUCCUGUAUCAACUACUCCUGUCUGGAGGAAGGCGAGAACAUCGAGGGCACCAAUAACUUUGUGCUGAAAAACGGCAUGUUGGACCUCACAGCUAUCCUGAGAGCUCUUUACUCCAUUCUCAGCCACGAUAUCAGUUCCAGGAUCUGCGACGUGGCUCUCAACAUCAUCGACUGCCUGCUGCAGCUGGGCGUGGUGCCCGGGAUGGGCAAGUUGUCCAAGCCAGAUAACAAGGAGAACCAAGAGGGUCGUGUCAAAGAUGCGGCAGCUCAGGGCCUCGGAGGAGUCGCCCAGGGAGGCGGGCCGAUUGCAGGGGCUGGAGGAGGUGGAGGAGGGGGUGGUGGAGGAGGAGGGGGAGGGGGAAGUGGUGGAGGGAGCGGGCAGGGGAGCAAGGACGAUGUGAAAAAUAAUAAGGAUGACGAUAAAAAGGAAGAAGCUGGUGGCCUCAGCCCCCACCGCCUGGCUUUGACAAUGCUCAUAAAGAUAGUCAAGUCUCUGGGCUGUGCUUACGGCUGUGGUGAGGGCCAUCGAGGACUAUCAGGAGAUCGCCUGAGGAUGCAGGCCCAGAACUGCCUCACCAACCUGUAUAAGCUGGACAAGCUUCAGUUUCGCCUGACUAUGCGCGAGUACGUCAACAGAGACUCCCUCAAUAACAUAGUCGACUUCCUGCAUGCACUGCUGGGCUUCUGCAUGGAGCCCAUCACUGACAAGUACGGCAGUGCAGGUGAGAGGUCCAGGAGGGCGAAAAAAAGAAACAUCGUGCUGUCAGCAAUGACUAAACCACCUGCUGUGUCAUCCAUGGUCUCUCCUGCCUCCCUGCUGCUUCCAGACAAGGCGGGCUUCGGAAACAACUUCGCCACAGGAGACAACAAAUCUGUAGCCCAGAAUAUGGAGGCCGUGGUGGUGGGCUGCAUGUUCAAGUCCCUCAUCACCCGCUGCGCCUCAACCACACAUGAGCUGCACAGCCCCGAGAACCUGGGUCUGUACUGUGACAUCCGCCAGCUGGUCCAGUUCAUUAAAGAGGCCCACGGAAACGUGUUCCGCAGGGUGGCACUGAGCGCGCUCCUGGACAGCGCGGAGAAGGUCACCGCCACCAAGAAACCUGAUGAGAAGGAGGAGACCAAACAGCCCGGUCCCAGGAGGUCAGAGGCGGGUGUGUCCGGGGAGAAGGGUCAGGUGUCCAGUACUGCAGACGAGUGUCGCAGCUACAUCUCCAGUAGACCCCCCCAGACACCCGAACAUGAAGAACAGAUCCCGGGUGCUCUGCUGGGCAGGAAGGAUUUUUGGAGGAAGAUGUUCAAGUCGCAGAGCGCCGCCAGUGACACCAGCAGCCAGUCGGAACAAGACACCUCAGAGUGCACCACCGCACACUCUGGCACCACCACCGACCGCCGCUCACGAUCCAGAUCCCGUCGCAUUUCGCUUCGCAAGAAGUUGAAGCUGCCUAUCGGGAACUGGUUGAAGCGCUCCUCUCUCUCUGGACUGACUGACGGCGUCGAGGACUUGCUGGAUAUCAGCUCGGUGGAUCGACUCUCCUUCAUACGUCAGAGUUCAAAGGUGAAGUUCACUAGUGCAGUGAAGCUAUCUGAAGGUGGCGCUGUAGGGCCGGAGUACGGCAGGGACGAGGAGGAGAAUUUCUUCAAGCGGCUCGGUAAAUGGAGGUCUGGCAGGAGGAAUCCAUCCAAGCUUCACCACACAGAAGAGAAAGAUGGACCUCACGGUUUCCAGGAGCGUCUCGCAGCCAGCCAGGAGGCCAUGAAGAACAAGAAUGUAGUGAAUCUGGGCGCCAUCCGACAGGGUAUGAAACGCUUCCAGUUUCUCCUGAACUGCUGCGAGCCAGGAACCAUACCAGAUGCCUCCAUCCUCGCCGCUGCUCUGGACCUCGAAGCCCCAGUUGUGGCCAGGGCCUCCCUUUUCUUGGAAUGUGCCAGAUUUGUCCACCGGUGUAAUCGUGGCAACUGGCCCGAAUGGAUGAAGGGCCACCACGUAAACAUCACCAAGAGAGGGCUGUCCAGGGGCCGAUCGCCUAUUGUGGGCAAUAAAAGAAACCAGAAGCUCCAGUGGAACGCUGCCAAGCAUUUCUGCCAGUGGGGAGACGCGAUUGGCACGAGGCUCAGCGAACUCUGCCACUCGGACAGUGAGAGCCCCGCCAACAUCCUGGGUUAUAUUUACGAUGAAGAGACCAAACGCAGGAUGAGGAAAGAAGACGAGGAAGAAGACUAUUUAGAUGACAACACGGUCAAUCCUACAAAAUGUGGCUGCCCCUUCGCACUGAAGAUGGCCGCUUGCCAGCUGUUGUUGGAGAUCACCACUUUCCUGCGAGAGACCUUCCCCUGCUUACCACGACCGCGCACCGAACCGCUUGUGGAUCUGGACAGCUGCCGCCUGCGUCUGGACCCAGAGCUCGGCCGCCAUCGCUACGAGAGGAAGAUCAGCUUUGCGGGCAUCCUCGACGACGAAGACGGGCACGAUUCCCUCAACAGCAGCAGCCACACUCUGAAGUCUGACACCACCUGUGAUGAUAAGAAGACCCAGGAGGCUCAGGACAAUCUCUCCCCACUCCCCUGCUCUCCAGCACCAGUGCGGAAGAUUCGUAUCGGAGGCUCGCGCCUGCUUCAGAUCAAAGGAGCCCGCAGUUUUCGUGUGAAGAAGGUUGGCUCGCUGUCUUCGAUACGCAGAGCGGGGAGUCUGAAGAGCACCAAGCUGUCUCGGCAGGACUCUGAGUCUGAGAACGAAGAAGGCCUGCUGUCACAAACGCAGAGCAGGGACACAGUUACUGACAUCGGCAGUCCCUUCAGCACCAGUGAACCCAGCAUCGAGCCAGAAGGUCAGAGCUCAGGAGGGACGGAGGACAACUACCACCGCAACAUGUCCUGGCUUCACAUUAUGAUCCUGCUGUGCAACCAGCAGAGUUUCAUCUGUACCCACAUAGACUUCUGCCACCCACGCUGCUACCAACACCACAGCCGCUCCUGCGCCCGUCUGGUCCGUGCCAUCAAGCUCGUGUACGGGGAGACGGUGGACAGCCUGAGGGAGGACAGCGCCUCCUCUGGUAACAUCGGAGGACGUGUGAAGAAAAACAAAGAGUGUUCAGACAAGUCUUGUCUGAGGACCCCGUCCAUGAAGAGAAGACCCACUGACUCCAACACAGAAGGGAAGAAGGAUACAGGCAUGCUCAAGUACAUCCGCAAUCAGGUGAUGAGUUUGUCACCAGCUCCUCUUUCACUGCUGAUCAAAGCAGCUCCUAUCUUGACUGACGACAUGUACGGAGACAUCCAGCCCGCAGCCUGGGAACUCCUACUCAGUGUGGAUGAACAUAUGGCAGCCGCUGCUGCUGCCUUGUUUCUCCUGUGCGCCGUAAAGGUCCCUGAUGCAGUGACCGAAAUGAUGAUGGCAGAGUUCCAGCACCCUGAGGCCUGCCAGCGCAUUAACUCCAUCCUGAAGUUUUACACUCUGUGGCGUUUUCGCUACCAAGUGUGGCCUCGCAUGGAGGAAGGAGCCCAGCAGAUCUUUAAGAUCCCUCCACCCAGCAUUAACUUCACUCUCCCUUCUCCAAUACUGGGCAUGCCCUGUGUCCCCAUAUUUGACCCUCCCUGGGUGCCCCAGAACACUGGCAGCGUCCAGGAUCCAAUCAACGAAGACCAGUCUUACCCCACAUUAAUUCAGUCAGUCCAUGCCAUAAAAUCCUUCUCUGCGCGGGCGGUGUCGCGCUCCCACCAGCGAGCCGAGCACAUCCUCAAGAACCUGCAGCAGGAGGAGGAGAAGCGGCGUCUGGGCCGCGAGGCCAGCAUCAUCACAGCCAUCCCUGUGGCUCAGGAGGCCUGCUACGAACCCACAUGCAGCCCUCCACCCGAGCAAGAGGAGGAAGCAGAAGAAGUGGUGAACCUGGCAUCACGACGUCUGUCUGUCAGCCCAUCCUGCGCCUCCAGCAACUCCCACAGGAACUACUCUUUCCGCCGGGGCUCUGUAUGGUCUGUCCGCUCGCUGGCCAGUGCUGAAGAUGAAGAAAACACAACAGAACACACACCCACUCACCACAUGCUACAGCCACCUCAAGCUGUCUUCCCAGCAUGCAUCUGUGCUGCCGUCCUACCAAUAGUGCACCUCAUGGAAGACGGUGAAGUUAGAGAGGAUGGCGUGGCUGUGAGUGCUGUUGCCCAGCAAAUCCUCUGGAACUGCCUCAUUGAAGAUCCAGCUCUCGUUCUCCGCCACUUCCUGGAAAAGCUGACAGUUAGCAACAGACAGGACGAGCUGAUGUACAUGCUUAGGAAGCUCCUGCUCAACAUUGGAGAUCUGCCAGCCCAGACCUCUCACAUCCUUUUUAACUACCUGGUGGGCCUGAUCAUGUAUUUUGUGCGGACUCCCUGUGAAUGGGGCAUGGACGCCAUCUCGGCCACGCUGACCUUCCUCUGGGAGGUGGUCGGCUACGUGGAGGGGCUCUUCUUUAAAGACCUGAAGCAGACCAUGAAGAAAGAGCAGUGUGAGGUCAAACUGCUGGUCACAGCAUCGAUGCCAGGAACCAAAACGCUGGUGGUGCACGGGCAGAAUGAAUGUGACAUCCCAACCCAGCUACCAGUCCACGAAGACACUCAGUUUGAAGCCCUGCUAAAGGAGUGUCUGGAAUUUUUCAACAUUCCCGAGGCCAGAUCGGCACACUACUUCCUCAUGGAUAAACGAUGGAACCUCAUCCAUUAUUCAAAGACAUAUGUUAGAGACAUCUACCCGUUCCGAAGGUCAGUCUCUCCUCAGCUCAACCUGGUCCACAUGUUGCCUGAGAAAGGACAGGAGCUCAUCCAGAAACAGGUGUUUUCCCGUAAACUAGAAGAAGUCGGUCGAGUCCUCUUCCUCAUCUCCCUCACACAACACAUGCCAGCUGUGCACAAGCAGUCCCACGUCUCCCUGCUGCAGGAGGACCUGCUUCGCCUGCCCUCCUUCCCCCGCACCGCCAUCGAUGCAGAGUUCUCCCUCUUUAAUGAGCCUCAAGGAAAAGAGCUGUUUGGCUUGGACACUCUCCACAAGGUGUUGUGGAUCAAACUGUUGGAGGAAAUGUUUCUGGGCAUGCCCAGUGAGUACCCGUGGGGCGAUGAGAUGAUGCUGUUCCUUAACGUCUUCAACGGGGCCCUUCUGCUGCACCCCGAGGACAGCUCCCUGCUGAGGCAGUACACGGCGACCGCCAUCAACACCGCCGUUCACUUUAACCAUCUGUUCUCCCUGAGCGGGUACCAGUGGAUGCUGCCAACCAUGCUGCAGGUCUAUGCAGACUACGAGAGCAACCCUCUUCUGAGGCAGGGCAUUGAGUUUUGCUGCCGGCAGUUUUACAUCCUCCAUCGAAAACCCUUUAUCCUGCAGCUGUUUGCCAGCGUUGCUCCGCUGCUCGAGUUCACAACCAGCACCAGUACCGGUCUUUCUAAAGGAGUUUCGGCCCAGUGUCUGUUCGACCUGCUGGUCUCUCUAGAAGGUGAAACCCAGGAUGCCCUGGAUGCUCUGGAGCUGGUAAAAGCUGAGAAGCCUCUACGCUCUCUGGAUUUCUGUUAUGGUAAUGAGGACCUGACCUUUUCUAUCAGCGAGGCCAUCAAGCUGUGCGUCACUGUGGUUGCAUAUGCCCCCGAAUCCUUCAGGAGUCUCCAGAUGCUGAUGGUGCUGGAGGCCUUGGUUCCCUGCUACCUCCAGAAACUGAAGAGCAACACAGUUACGAUGGAGUCUGCUUCGGCUGCCAGAGAUGAGAUUGCGGCCAUCGCUGCCCUAGCUACGUCUCUGCAGGCCCUGCUCUACAGCUCUGAAACCCUCACAAGGCCCAUGACGGCUCCCCAGAUAUCUCGCUGUGAUCAGGGCCACAAGGGCGGCACUACAGCUAACCACGCCAUGUCCGGAGGGGUCAACACCAGGGACAAUCUUCACCUGCUGGAGGAGGGCCAGGGCAUGCCAAGGGAAGAGCUGGACGAGCGCAUUGCCAGGGAGGAGUUCCGCCGUCCACGGGAGUCCCUGUUGAACAUCUGCACCGAGUUUUACAAACACUGCGGGCCACGGCUCAAAAUCCUGCAGAACGUUGCAGGCGAGCCGCGGGUCACAGCUCUGGAGCUACUGGACAUCAAGUCCCACAUGAGGCUGGCAGAGAUCGCCCACGCCCUGCUGAAGCUGGCGCCCUACGACACCCUGACCAUGGAGAGCCGAGGGCUGCGGCGUUACAUCAUGGAGAUGCUGCCCAUCACCGACUGGUCGUCCGAGGCCGUCCGGCCUGCCCUCAUCCUCAUCCUCAAGAGGCUGGACCGCAUGUUCAACAAGAUCCACAAGAUGCCCACGCUCAGGUGCGCUCGCCCUCAGGCUUUAUGCAGCAGGAGACAGGUGGAGUGGGAGGCGGCCAGUAGCCUGAUCGAGGGGAUCUGCCUGACCUUGCAGCGACAGCCGAUCAUCUCGUUCCUGCCUCACCUGCGCUCGCUUAUCAACGUCUGCGUCAACCUGGUGAUGGGUGUGGUCGGCCCCUCCAGUGUGGCGGACGGGCUGCCACUCCUCCACCUCAGCCCUUACCUGUCUCCGCCUCUGCCCUUUAGCACCGCCGUGGUCCGAUUGGUUGCUCUGCAGAUUCAGGCCUUGAAGGAAGACUUUCCCCUCAGUCACGUGAUCUCACCUUUCACCAAUCAGGAAAGGCGGGAGGGGAUGCUGCUCAACCUGCUCAUUCCCUUCGUGUUAACUGUAGGCUCCGGGAGCAAAGACAGCCCCCACCUGGAGCAGCCGGAGGUCUUCCUGCUCCUACAGACAGUCAUCAACAUCCUGCUUCCCCCUCGUAUCAUCUCCACAUCCCGCACCAAGAACUUUAUGCUUGACGCCUCUCCGGCUCACUGCUCCACGCCGGGUGACCCUGGGAAAGAUCUGCGUAGGGAGGGAUUAGCAGAGUCCACGAGCCAGGCUGCUUAUUUAGCUCUGAAGGUGGUGCUGGUUUGCUUCGAGCGCUCGCUGGGGAACCAGUGGUAUCGGCUGAGCCUGCAGGUGAAGGAGAUGGCUCUGAGGAAGGUGGGCGGCUUGGCCUUCUGGGACUUCAUCGACUUUAUCGUCCGAACCCGGAUCCCUAUUUUUGUCCUGCUCAGACCCUUUAUACAGUGCAAGUUGCUGACCCAGCCGGCCGAUUCCCAGGAAGAGAUCACAGCGCGCCACCACAUCGCUGAUCAGCUGGAGCGGCGCUUCAUCCCACGACCUCUCUGCAAGAGCUCACUGUUUGCAGAGUUCAACAAUGAGCUCAAGAUCCUCAAAGAGGCUGUGCACAGCGGCUCAGCAUAUCAGGGCAAGACAUCCAUCAGCACGGUGGGCACCUCCACGUCAGCCUACCGCCUCAGUUUGGCCACAAUGUCGCGAUCCAACACAGGCACUGGAACAGUUUGGGAGCAGGACAGCCAACCGUCACGGCAGCCCUCACAGGACACGCUCAGCCGUACCGACGAGGACGAUGAAGAGAUUGACUCCAUGAGCAUUCCCAGCGUGGUGAGCGAGCACGAAGCCUUCAUGCCCAGGGUGAUGUCACAGCGCCGUUUCUCCAGCCACGCCACUGGCUCGGCGGCCUCUCAGCCCGAGGCCCCCCGCACCACCAUGUUGCCCAGCCACAGUGAACCCAAUGUGCUAGAUGAGUCCCAGGGUCUUCUGCAGGAGGGUAACCUCUCUAGGGUGGCCAGUGUGCAGAGCGAACCAGGUCAGAACCUCCUGAUCCAGCCCCCGUUAGGAAGAAAGCGAGGACUCAGACAGAUGCGACGCCCCCUGCUGUCCAUUCCAAAAACCGAACCACGCGGUCGAUCUGGAGCGAGGCUUUCUACAACGCGCAGGAGCAUCCAGCCCAAGAACAAACCACUGGAAACUUUAUUGGACUGUGAAGCGCAUGGAGACCAAAAGAGGUCAGUCACCUUUACAGAGAAUCAAGGCCAGCAGGCAUCCACGGGGGCAAGCAAGCCUCCAACUCCCAGCACUGUGGACCCACCGGGCGAAGGCAGAGGGACGAGUCCUGCCCCAUCAAAGUCCCCAACCCUGGAAGUACCCCCCACCUCUUCAGCCAUGAUCUUGGCUGACCUGCACGGACCUACAAAUGCACAGGUCCCUCAAGCAUUAAGCAGCAAGGAGAAGAGAGAGCAGUGGGGGCUACGCAGCAGCCUCUCCCCUCCCCCAUCCAUCUCCCGGCCUUCCACUCCAACACCCCCAUCCCGAACCUGCUCCCCUCUCCCCCUCUCCAGAACCUGCUCCCCUCUCCCUUUGUCCCGCACCUCCUCUCCUCUUCCACCGCCACUCCCAGUGCUGAGCACAGCACCCGCUCCGGGUCCACCGCCGCCACCUCCAUUACCACCAACUCAUCUUGCUGCUGCUCCUCCUCCUCCACCACCCCCGGGGCCUUCUAGGAUCAGAGAGAGCCCCGGGGACGAGGACACAACCGCCCUGCUGCCGCGCAGCGACACCCUGCUGCACCUCAGCGAGGACGAUGGCACCGAGAACCCGCUUCUCACCCCGCUGCUGUCCCCUCCUCCCCCCCGCCGGUCGCCCCGCCGCUCUCCCCUCCCCCUCUCACCCGUCGACCUGGACCUGGAUGAGUCCCACGUGUGAGAGAGGUGACGGAUGGAUGUUUUUUCUAUCCAGAUGCUCUAUAAAACACAAAAAGUAAAGUUUUUGGUUUUACUGAAAGUCUUAAACAGUUUGAAAGGACAGGACUGUUUUGACUUUAUGUCUCCUAAAUGAAGAAAACUCCUUCCUCUGUCUGAAAUAUGACAAAUCAGAGUCACUCUCUUAUCUUCUCUGUCCUCAGACUGAGGGCUGAAUGUAUGUUACAGCAGCAAUCGACAUAAGGUCUCAUCUCUGGUCCUCACCAAGAGCAGAAAUGUUUUUUCAGCAACGAUAUCAAAUACCUAUUUAAGAUAAGAGAAAGGAUUAUUUAACUCAGUAAUGACUAUUUAAAAUAGAAAAUAUGUCUAUAUUGAAAAAGGAGAUGAUAUAACAUGUGAUGUGGUGCAGAUUUGUAUAAACGUUAUAAAGAGCCAUUCUAAAGAUAAAGUGAGUGACUUAUCUUAGCACCUUUAUUUGAAAUGGAGUAAAGGGAAUAAAUAUAUAACACAGCAUAUGUAUUUUAAUCACAUAGAAGUGGAGUAUGACAUGUUGUAAUCCAGAAGUCUAUGAGAUUUUAUAUUUUAGAAAGAGAUGUUUUUUUCUGUCAUUUGCACUUCAAAAUGUUCAUAAAGUCGAAUACACGUGUUUCCAGCUAAAACUCCAUCAUGUCCAGUGCUUUGUUAAGUGAUGAUGUUUGUAAAGUAAACAUCUUGAUGUGGAUAAAAACUUUUCCAUCAACUCUGCUAAAAAAUAAAAGUUUAGGAUAAAUCAGAGACGCUCAACAGGAUAACCGAAACAAAUUCAACACAAUUUUGACUUUUUGUGGUUUUAGCGUGGAUGCAAUCUGAAAGGCUAACGCUAAACUGUAAACAUGGUCACAUGACUUUUUCAUGUGAGAAGAUGUUGCGCCGUCUAAUCGUGCUCCCUGUAUUACAGCACAGUCUCACAGCAGCUUAUGAAGUAGUUGCGACCUUUGUGUUCAUGUAUAUGCACCUCGUAUUUUCACGUUUAAAAGGAGAGAAAAAAUCCACAGUUGCACAGAUUGACAGAGUUACAUGGAUGUGAGAGAUUACUGGGGUUGCAGUAGUUGGAGGAAUGGAACAGAUUGCAGAGAUGGGAGGGAUUGCAAGGGUUGUAACGGCUGCAGGAAUAGGAGAGACUAUGGCACGGACCACAGUGUGCACCAUAACUGGAGAGAAAAUCAUGGUGACCAAUCAGGAACUUUGUAUGGUAGACCCUCCCACAGCCUCUGUCAUCCCAGGCUUCAUCUUUGGGGCCUGGCUGUGGAAACACAGCAAAAAACCAACCAAUUCCCCUUUUAAAUGUAGAGACACUACAUUUGAAUGUGUUUUAUCUGUUUGUUAGUUUUAGGAAGAAGGCAGUAGAUUGCGGCUUCACCGGUAGAUAAAUAAACCAACACCGGUUGUGCUAUCGCCAUCAUCAUGCAGUCAUAAUGUCCUACCAUUGUCUCAUUGAGUUCAGCUCUAACUCUAAAGUGUAUGUUGUGCACAAUAUUUUAUUUGGGACCAAAGACUGUAUCUUUACAUAGCAGUUAUAUAUGUAAGAAAAAGGCAUAUAAUAUUUACAGAGACACUUGUCCUGGUGUUCGUCAUGCUGUUCUGUUUGUGUCUGUGAUGUCUUCUAUUCAGAGCAGUGGGGACGGGAUGUCUCUUAUCUUUAUUGCAACUGUGACGAUGCAGUAGAUAGACGUUACCUCGUUUCUCAUUUCAUGCCUUAACAGAGACGUCUGCAUACAUCGGUUUAUUUAGUCCACUGAGAACCUCAUACCUCCAGGAGUAUCCACUGAAACAGUCCCGCAGUAACGUCAGGUUGUUUUCUGUCUGCCGUGUUCGUGACACUCAGCUGCUUGCUGUGGCCUCCACACUCAAACCUCUCUGUGUGCUGUCAGGUCACAGAAGACAAAACUUUGUGCCAUAACUCACACCAGUGCACUGUGAGUGUUUUAUUGUUGGCUGCUUGUCUUUCUUUUUUCUGUGUCAUGAUUUGUGAAAAAUUAUGUAAUCAUUUUGGUUACGCAGAGACUCAAGUUACGCAGAGGGAAUGAUGCAUUUCUUAAAGGGGGUUGUCGUUGUGUCGUCUAAAUCCACGCAGCUCUGCAAAUUCUUCAUUUGAUGUUUCUAAAUGCAUAUCACGCCAAGCCUAGUGUAAAGACGCAUCGGCAUAUUUAUUGUUGAGGGUCGCUGGGUUUGUCACUCCCUUUAAAUGUAAUAUGUCUGUGUCGAAUGAUGUCUUCUUUGUGCAAAGAUUAAAUAAUAAAGCUUCACUAUAUCAGAAUAUUUCCUAAAUAUCUAAAUAAAUGGAUAUUGUUUACACUGUU